AAACAAUGUUGACUUUAUCAAAAGUUUUUGGUGAACAGAACGAGCUAAUUCCAUUUAUAGACGACUAUCAAAACGAACUGGAAACUGUCAGACUCUUGCACACUCUGCCUGCAGCCAAUCAGAAACGUUUCAAUGAAUUAACCAACGAAUUUCUCGACACUUUAGAAGAUCCACACGAUUUGAAAGCCUGUGCGGAACGUUCGCGUUCUAGCCGUGAGCAUGGCAAUGCAGUGUACACAAACAGAUCCAAGACGAAUGCCACCGAUCGAAAAGAGUCCUUGCUUCUCGCUUGUCGGUUGUACACAGAGGCCAUACUGCAGGCAGAGAAUGUCCACGAGGAGCUCUGUUUGGGUUAUGCGAAUCGUGGCAUGGCUUUACAGGAUUUUGGCUUAUACAAGGAAUCCUACGAAGAUUGCGAGUGUGCACUUGAGUAUGGCUAUCCCCAGAAGCUGCAGCAUAAGCUUAUAAUGCGGCAAGCCCAUUGUGCCUGGAAACUGGGCAAUGUAAAGAAACUGGCCGAGCUCAUAGCGUGCUUGGAGCAACAUCAGCUAAAUUCGGGCUAUGCCGAACAAUUGGCGCAGUUGCAGCAACAGCUGACACUACUAGAAGAGCAGCAAGCAAAUGACCAGUCAGAGGAUCAGAUAGAAAUCCCGUCAAAACUUCAAGAAGUGAAUCACAAAAUCUCAACCAGUCCCGGCUCUAAGGGACGUCACAUGGUGGCCACGCAACUCAUCAAACCGGGUGAUUUCAUAUUCAAAGAGCAAACUGCUUGCUUUGUGCCUCUCGAGCCGGGCUUAAUUUGUCAGCAAUGCGCUGCAAGUGUCCUCUAUGCGCCUAUUCCCUGUACCCAAUGCCAUCAGCGAGUGGUUUACUGCUCCCGCCACUGUCGUCAACUACAUGGGCGGAUUCAUAGCUAUGAAUGUGCUGGUUAUAGGAAAAAUCUAUUUACCUUGUUGGGCGUCUCACAUUUAGCUGUGCGAAUGGUGCUUUGCUACAUGCAACAAUGGCUGACAGAUCUGGGCAACGGCUCUAACGCUGAAGAGCUUUGGCAGCUGCUAAUGGACAAGGCAAAACAAAGUUACAAUUGGCCAACUGCUCCGCAGCAUUUGCUCAGCUUAUGCAUGAUCAGCCAUCUGGAUAAAGCAGAUUCAGCGGAGCUCGUAUACUACGCACUCUCCGCAAAUCUCUUGCAAGUUUAUCUAUACAAAUGCACCGAUUUCUAUGAGCAGCUCAGAAUCGAGAGUAGACAUUCAGCCGUUGCUCGAGAGGAAUGGGACUUGUUAAUAGCUGCCUUAAUUUUACGCUCUGCCAGCCAGCUGAUCUGCAAUGGCCAUGUCGUCGUCACCGUUGUGCUUCGCUCACAGUUCCAUACGAUGGAACCAAAGCUCUGGCGAGAACCCUUCCAUUUAUAUUUAGGCUGUAUGCAUAAAUUUGAUAGCGUUGCACUGAUAUCGGCGAUCAAUUUACCAUAUUUAGCUCUUUGUAAUCAUGCUUGCGCCUCGUCGAUUCAGCUCCAGUUUGAUGGUCGUGUGGUAAACUGCCUUGCAGCCACAGAAAUUAAGGCAGAUGAAGAGAUCUUCAAUUGCUAUACCUUGGACUAUAGAAACUCCAGUUGCUCUAUGCGUAAGCAGCACCUUCAGAAAACAUAUAAAUUUGAAUGUAAAUGCUCGAAAUGCAGUUGUAGCAAAUCGGAUGAGGAUUUUCUGUCCUUUAAUCGCUAUCGCUGCGAGUUCUGUGCUAAAAUCUUUGUGCCUGGCCAGCCAGAAGAAUUCAAAUGGUGGGAGUCGGAGUCGGAACUGGCGCCACAGUCGACCAUUAACUGCUCCAAGUGCCAGGCGAAACAGUCGUUUACCUGGUUUGAGCUAUUUCGGGAUAUACUCGCACUUUGUUAUGAACAGCAACAGCGUCGCAAGGCGUAUAAAGCAUUCGCAGAGCUCGACACUUGGCUGCUGGAUUAUCAUAACUUAAAAACACAAUUGGCCCAGCAGCUAAUCGCUGGCUGCCUAACAGCCAAGGCAGAUGGCGCCACAUGGGAUGACAUUGACUACACACAAUUGUCACGCAUCUUGGAUUACCUGCUGGCGAGCGUGGAAGCACAACAUGGUGCUAACUCCAUGACGUACAUUAGCAAUUUAACCUAUCUAAUGGACUUAACGGCAUUUGGUAAAUACAAAUGCAGCAGCGAGCAGCUAAAAGCAAUGCGAGCUGCUUUCAAUUAUUUGCCUCCAGAUACGAAGCAGAUUUUUGUCAACUAUUACAACGAUUUUAUUGAGCAGCGCUAUGCAGCUAAUGGUAAAGCUAAUGCUAACGCUAAUGCUUAACAACAAUAAUAAAUUCUCUAAGAACAACAACA